AUGAGUUCUGAGGAAGGCAGGCUGAUCACCUUUGGCUGCUACUAUGGUGGAAAAUUUGAAGAGGUUGAUGGUAAAGAUCUUUACAAUGGUGGUGGUUAUAGGAUAAUGGAAGCUUAUCCUAGUCGUUUAUUUCCAGAGCUCAUGAACCAGCUACCCAUAAGUCUCUAUGGUCAAAGAGUGUGGUUUAAGUUUCCAUAUGAAGGUAUAGAAGAACGACAGUUGAUAAGAAAUGGUGACGAUCAGUUCACAAAAAUGUGUAGAGCUUCAGUAUGGGUAGAUUCAAUCGAUAUCUUUGUUGAGCCAGAGACAGAAGGAGAUGAGUCAAGAGCUGAGAACGAGAGAGAGGAGACAGAGAGGUAUGAGGCAGAUUCAGAGGCAGAGAGAUAUGAGGCCGAGAGGAAUGAACACCAAUUUGAUGAAGAAGCAAGAGUAGAAAGGAAUGUGGCUGAUUUUGUUGAUGAAGAUUUUGAUGAGUAUGCUACACCUUUAUGUUCAGACGAUGAUGAAGAUGGUGUUGAGAGAGAUGGGUAUUUGAGGUACAUAAAAGGCAGUGGUGAUCUGAAAUUAAGACAAGCUUUUGAGAGUUUGGAAGCUUUCAAAAAAGCUAUGGUUGACUAUGUGCUAAAGCAUAGAUGGAAUAUUAAGUAUGUGCGUUGGGAGAAAGACAAAUCAGAAUUGAAGUGUGCCAGUGAAGCUGAAGAAGGAGAAGAACAAUGUAUGUGGAAGAUUUACUGCUCUUAUGAAGAACCGUUACAGAAGUGGCUAGUUAAAGUGUUAAUGAAAGAGCACACUUGCAUGAGGAGUGGACGUUCAAGCCUGCUUACACAAGAGGUUAUUGCUGGGUUGUUCGUUGAUGACAUAAGGGAAAAUCCAAAAUUAAAACCAAAACAGAUUCUAGAAGAGAUUCAGAAGCGUUGGGAGUUGACUGCAACCAUAGAUCAGUGCCGGAACGCAAGGAAAAGGAAUACAUGGACCUCUCACUGUAGACCUAUCUUUGGUCUUGAUGGAUGCUUUCUUAAGUGUACAACUAAAGGUCAGUUGUUAGCAGCAGUCGGGAGAGACGCCAACAACCAGAUGUUUCCCAUUGCUUGGGCUGUCGUUGAUGUUGAGAAUGAACCCAACUGGAGAUGGUUUAUUGAGAAGCUGCAAACCGACUUACACCUGCAAGAUGGUAAUGGAUUUACUGUGAUUUCUGACAGGCAAAAAGGGUUGUUAAAUGCUGUAGAAGAUUUAUUACCACGAGUGGAGCAUAGGAUGUGUGCAAGGCACAUCUAUGGAAACCUAAAGAAGGUACAUCCUAACAGAGCUGACAUGAAGGGAUUGUUUUGGAAGGUUGCAAAGAGUUACAAUACAGCUCAAUACAACAAAAGGGUGGAUCACGUUAAAGCAUACGAUAUGGACGUCUAUAACUCAAUGAUGAUGAAGAAUCCCAAAAACUGCAGCCUUGCCUACUUCUCAUCAACGUCUUCCUGUGAUGAUGUAAGCAACAACAUAUCUGAAUCCUUUAACCACGCCAUAGACCCUGCAAGAUAUAUGCCAUUUGUGGAGAUGUUAGAGACAAUACGCCGAAAAGCUAUGCUCCGGAUAGAGGCAAGAAAGCUUAUAUCAAUGAAACACAAAGGAAAGUUUAGUAUUAAAGCAGUGGAGAGAGUGGAACUAGAGCAGACAAAGAUCAGGCUGUGUAACAUAUAUCAUUGUGGUCAUGAAAUCUUUGAAGUGAAGGAGAAAAACUUUUCAUACAAAGUAAAGAUGUUGGAGCAUAGUUGUACGUGUAGGAAAUGGGAUAUGUCCGGGUUGCCUUGUCGUCAUGCUCUGAAGGUAAUUGUAGAGAAGAAGAGAAAGAAAGAGGAUUACAUUGGUGAUUGCUAUCUCACUUCGAAGUGGAGAAUGCAAUACCAAACACCAAUUGAGGCUGUUCAUGGUGUGAAUUUUUGGAAGAAGGUUCGUGGUGGUUUUGGCUUGAUUCAAUAG